AUGCUGACGUUUACGUUGAUAUCCAAUCGCGGUCUCUGAUUUCUUUAUAAACUUUACAUUAAAGCGUUUAGAUGCCAUCGGCGAUUCGACUAAUUACCCUCAUGACGUCAUCACGCCUGAAACUGAAAACAAGGAAGAAUACGGAACAUUACCUUCUUUAUUUUAUGCGUUUCUUUCUUCCUAUAAUUGUGCGUAACUAGGGACACUGAAGCUGCACAAGGGAGGAGUACCCUUUUCUACUGGCGAGGAAGGUUACUUCCUUAACUGCCCAGGUGAAGCAGAAGACUGUUCGGACUGUAUUGUAUGAGAGCCGGUUGUGGAGACGACCAUGAGCGACACUUCAGUGCAGGUGGUCCCGGUCAUGGUCAGGGAGGGCUGGCUCCACAAGAGAGGUGAAUAUAUCAAAACAUGGAGACCACGUUAUUUUCUCCUGAAGACAGACGGGUCUUUCAUUGGCUACAAAGAGAAGCCACACCCAUCCAACAUGAACGAUCCUCUGAACAACUUCACUGUAGCAAAAUGUCAGAUUAUGAAGACUGAGAAACCCCGCCCCAACACGUUCAUCAUCAGAUGUCUACAGUGGACCACCAUUAUUGAGAGAACCUUCCAUGUCGACACACCUGAGGAGAGGGAGGAUUGGAUCAGGGCCAUCCAGUCAGUGGCAGACAAGCUGCAGGAACAGGAGGAUAUGAAGAGUAAGGAGUCCCAGGAAGGCAUGCUGACCAACUCUUACACCUCCUCAGACAGCAGACCUUCCAGCUCAGGGGGCAGUGCCGCCUCACAUAAAGUGACUUUAGAAGACUUUGACUUCCUGAAGGUUCUAGGAAAGGGAACAUUCGGGAAGGUGAUUCUGGUGAGGGAAAAGUCAAAUGGUGGUCUGUAUGCAAUCAAGAUUCUGAAGAAGGAAGUAAUUGUAGCAAAGGAUGAAGUAGCACACACAUUAACAGAGAACAGGGUCCUCCAAACAACAAGGCACCCUUUCCUCACUGCCUUGAAGUACUCAUUCCAAACAAAAGACAGGUUAUGUUUUGUGAUGGAAUACGUAAAUGGGGGAGAGCUGUUUUUCCAUUUAUCUCGGGAGCGGGUGUUCUCGGAGGACAGAACAAGAUUUUAUGGAGCAGAAAUUGUGUCAGCCUUAGACUACUUACACAAGGCCAACAUCAUCUACAGAGACCUGAAGCUGGAAAACCUGAUGCUGGACAAGGAUGGUCACAUCAAAAUCACAGACUUUGGGCUGUGUAAAGAGGACAUGAGAUUUGAUUCCACUACAAAGACGUUCUGUGGCACACCUGAAUACCUCGCACCAGAGGUCCUGGAGGAUAAUGACUACGGCCGCCCUGUGGACUGGUGGGGACUGGGCGUGGUCAUGUAUGAGAUGAUGUGUGGUCGCCUGCCAUUCUACAAUAAGGACCACGAGGUGUUGUUUGAACUGAUCCUGAUGGAGGAGGCAAGGUUUCCCAGAAAUAUCACAGAGAACGCCAAGUCCCUGCUGUCAGGUCUGCUCAUCAAGGAUCCCAAGCAAAGACUUGGUGGAGGCAUCAGGGAUGCUGAUGAUGUGAAAGAACAUCCCUUCUUUGCUACUGCAGACAUCAACUGGCAGGAUGUGUAUGAAAGAAAGUUGACACCACCAUUCAAGCCUCAGGUGUCAUCAGACACAGAUACUCGCUACUUUGAUAAGGAGUUCACAGGGGAGUCUGUGGAGCUAACACCACCUACUGAAUCUUGUCCUCUAGACACCAUAGAUGAGGAGAAGCCACACUUUGAACAGUUCUCAUACUCUUCCUCUGGCAGUCCUUUUUGUCGUACCUGAUAGAAGUGUUCCCAUCCCCUGCCCCCAAUCUCCUUUGGACACCAUAGAUGAGGAGAAGCCACAUUUUGAGAAGUUCUCCUACUCUUCCUCUGGUAGCCAGUUCAGGUGCACCUGAUGCUCUCCCUCAUCAACCUCCAUCGCCUAGGCUAUCCAAAAGGCUUACUUGCAAAUAUAUAUAUAUACAUUUAUAUAUAUGAAGAUAUAUAUAUAUGAUAGCAAUUAUAGCUGAUGAGAUGAGCAAAGUUAUGAGACAAGUACAUGUGAUACAGCUUGGUGCAGGUGGCCAUAGCCGUGAAGAAAACAGUAAGGAAUAGACUUGGCAGAAGCUGUAAAUGUAAUAUUGACUGAAGGCUGUAUAAACUGUGCCUACUUACAUUCAUUACAGCCUAGCCCACAAGGUGUGGGGCUUUCAGAAUGUAGUGCCAUAAAGGAGACUAAUAUACAAACCUUCUGUCAACACAUGGCAAUAAGAUUGUGCAUACUUUAUGACGAGUCACCUGAAUUAGAUAUAGGCAUCUUUUUAGGUGUAGAGAAAUUAUGUGUCACUAUUUGAUUGAAUAAUGUAAUGUUAAGGCUGGUGACUUUCCUCAAAUUCCUGCAGUCCAGGACAAUGUAUCUACAGAUUGUUUGGUGUAUUUUGCUUAAUACACAAUAUUAUAUGUGGGACUCGCACUUGUUACAAUUGCUUAUGACAUGAAUUACUAUUCAGCUUAAAGGAUUGUGUAAAAGUUUGGUUAGCUUCUUAUUUUCAUUUUUUUCCAAGCCAAAUGUAUUACAAGAUUUAUUUCAUUGCAGAUUUCAUGUCCAAUGCAGUUUAUCCUUGGCAAAUCAAUGGUACAUAGUUUUUAUAUUAGACUUUCCUGCAAAUAGUGGGAGACUAUUCAUUCCUUGCAGAGGCAAUCACUCGUCUAGAUCGCCAAUAAUACCAUAUACAGGCUGCUGUAGGAAAUAUGGGCAAAAACCUGUCACAAUAGGUUUCAUUUUACAAAAGCUGAUGUUGUGCCAACUUUUCAGUGUGGGUAUUGUUUAUGCAUCACUGUCAGCAUUUCAAAUGAGGCAUUUCUUACUUGAACUUAGUCAUUAGUCGCCACAAGGCUACAGGAAAAAGACAUCAACCACUGCAUCGCAAUUAUCAACUUGUGUGAACAAGAAGGUCUAACCUCCUUGGUGUGAAGUAACGUUUUUACAAGUAACAAAGUAUUGUUGCCAGUUGUUGAAGCAACCAAAGCUAGAAAAUGUUGAAAGGUCAUGGGACAGAUAUUGUGACAUCAUAAGAAAACCAGGCAGUACUGUCCCACCACUUGUCUAUUCAGUUGGAAACUUCCCAGCUGCUCUUCCAGUUGGCUAUAUUGUGUGGUAGGAACACCUGUUAACAACAUGAUAUCUGUACUUCUUUGUUAGGAAAGUUAAUCCACCAAAAUACUGUACCUUAAGUUAUUUUUUGAAUGACAUCUGCACAUUGGUUUUUCUUCAUGGUAAAGUAUACCAGAAGAUGUCUUAUUCUAUCUGAAAUGUCUCAAUGCUCAGCAACCUUGUAGAACAUGCUACUUCAGAACUGCAUCAUAGAGGCAACUUUAAACAGGGUGGUUUAUGUAUAAGUAGGUGAUACUACUGUGCAAACAAAAAUACUGUAGCUCUCUCCAUGUUGUAGGUUAUAAUAUAAACAAAAAGAUUUUACAUGUGGUAGAGACAGGAUGAAUGAAUGCCAAAUGAACCACAGAUUACUACCCUUUAUUCUGUAUUCAUUAUCCUGACUUUUAAAAUGUGCAUUGUGAGUUUUGUUCAUUCAGCAUCUUGACCUCUUAAAAAAUUCUUGGGAUGCUAUUCAUAAAGGUAACUAAAUAUACUUGUACAGUUGUACUGGACAAUGGUACAAAUUGCUUUGGAGCAUUUUAAAUGAAAUGUACAUCUAUCUGUUGCAGCAAUACUUAUGAAUGGGCUUGCCAUUAUCAUUGAAUAGUUCCUGUACAAAGAUGAACAUUGUGGAAGGUUAAAUAUGGAAAACAGCAACAUAGAAUAGACUUGAUCACAAGGGAAGAGGUGAAAGUAAGCUAUUACUCAGCUGUCUGGAUGUUUUUGGUCAAACAAAAAUUUUCAGGUAAACAUUUUCUAUGUAUGCAUUGUACAUUAUGUGUUUUCUUCCAAAUUGUUCCAUACAACUACAACCAUAGAAUAAGUGGGUUUCUCCGUAUAUAGAGCUUCAGAUAAAUGAAGGUAAUGUGUAUUAACAGGGGUGUUUUAACCAUUGCUGCAUCAUGGGCUAAUUGUAAUGCCUAGUUCUGAUUAAACUUGACACUGGGAGGGUUAAUGGUUUCUGUCAACACUGAUGCAACAAAAUUUUCGUAACUGUAAUCCAGUAUAGCUCUUGUGUGUCUUAAUUUGUGUCAUUGUAUUUACUAGGGAAAAAACACAGUGUGUAGGCUUUCUAUUCUUCUGCCAUAGAGAUUAUUUUUGACACACUUCUGUUACGCCUUUCUUUUUAUUGUCUGAACAUUAAAAAAGCAUUAUGGCACUAAGAUUGCAUUAUGUUUUAAAAUGUCAAGGAAAUCUGGCAUCUGUUGUGGAAGUGUUUUCCUAUUUAGAACAUUGGUGAGUUUCAUGAAUUCUGGAAGAAAUUUUGUGGGCAUACGAUCAAGGGUAUGAAUUGUAUUGUCCAACCAUGUAAGCUUAUUCUAGACAUGUGCUCUGCUUAUAAUACUGUAAAUGCAUUUACCUUUGCAGCGGUUUUAUUUUGCAGCAGGGGAAAAAAUAAGUAUUUGAGGUUCACAGUUGAGACAAUUCUAGAGUGUAGUAGAACUAUAAAACACAUUUGGACCGAUGGUUUUGUGAUCAGAGGUCACCCAAAAACCACGGAAAUAAAAUCAAUGCAAAAGUUUCUGCAUUUACAGUACAUUGCUGUAACAAUCUGUCAUUGACUGAAAAGCUUUGUACCUUCUAGCAAGAAGCUUCCAUCACCUGUAGAAUGUCCUUGCUUCUAGGCUGUACUCUCAUGGAUAGUUACUGUACUGAUCACUAUAGCCUUUGUCAUGAAUAAGUCAACAAUGCACCAUUAUUCAUGACAUGGUAUGAUUUUAAGCAGAUGCUGCUGAAACAGGUUAAUUUGUAGAGCAGUGGUUUGUAUCAUUAAUCCACUACACAGACACUACCAGGGCCAGGCACAUUCAAAUAGAUUAAACUUUAUAUGAUAGUAGUAGUAGAGAAAAAUGCAGGAUACACUGACAUUAUAUGUUUAUGAAAUGAAAAUUUAAGCUUUAAUAUUAAGAAAAACCUUCAACAUUACUCUAAUUUGCUUGGGUUUCUUCUGAAGAUGGAAAACUUCUGGCUGCUAUGGUGUAUCCCUACACCCCACAUGCUAUUUUAUAAUAAAGACAUAACUUAGAACAA